GCCCGACCCUUCUUCCGGCUGCGCUGGAGGCGGCUAGAGCCACUCUGGACUCAGCGAAGUGGGACUGAGGGAUCAGCAGCCGCUGGACACGAUUUAGGAGAUGCCUGGAACAAGAAGGCCAGCUUCUCAGGGCAGAAGGAAAAGGAGGUGACAAACGUUGAGACCAUUGCAGGGAACCCAUGGCUAGGAUUAGUUUUUCUUACCUCUGCCCAGCCUCCUGGUACUUCACUGUCCCCACAGUGAGCCCAUUUCUCCGUCAGCGGGUGGCAUUCUUGGGCAUAUUCUUCAUAUCCUGUCUCCUUUUACUUAUGUUAAUCACGGACUUUCGACAUUGGGGUGCUUCGUUACCAAGAGAUAGGCUAUACGAAAGGUAUUUGGCUCGGGUAGGGGAGCUUGAAGCUACUGACACUGAAGACCCAAAUCUGAAUUACGGACUUGUGAUAGACUGUGGUAGCAGUGGCUCCAGGAUUUUUGUUUACUUCUGGCCAAGACAUAAUGGGAACCCCCAUGACUUGCUGGACAUCAAACAGAUGAGAGACCGCAACAGCCAACCUGUGGUUAAGAAAAUCAAGCCAGGGAUCUCUGCGAUGGCAGACACUCCAGAACAUGCCAGCGAUUACCUUCGUCCUCUGCUCAGCUUUGCUGCUGCUCACGUCCCUGUGAAGAAGCACAAAGAGACGCCCCUGUACAUCCUCUGCACCGCAGGCAUGAGGCUUCUUCCCGAGAGGAAGCAGUUAGCUAUCUUGGCCGACCUGGUGAGGGAUCUACCCCUGGAGUUUGACUUUCUCUUUUCUCAGUCUCAGGCAGAAGUGAUCUCCGGGAAGCAAGAAGGGGUUUAUGCAUGGAUUGGUAUCAACUUUGUUUUGGGAAGAUUUGAUCAUGAGGAUGGACCUUUUUCUUUUCUUACCAUUUCAGAGUCAGAUGCCGAGAGUCCCCAGGAAUCAGCAACAGGACGCCGAAGGACAGUGGGGAUCCUGGAUAUGGGAGGAGCCUCUCUCCAAAUUGCUUAUGAAGUUCCUACCUCAACCUCUGCCCUUCCUCCAAAACAGGAAGAAGCUGCCAAGAUUCUCCUUGCAGAGUUCAAUCUGGGCUGUGAUGUACAACACACCGAACAUGUGUACAGGGUUUACGUCACCACCUUUUUAGGUUUUGGAGGCAACUUCGCCCGGCAGCGCUAUGAAGAUCUUGUGCUGAAUGAAACGCUUAACAAAAACAGAUUGCUGGGAGAGAAGACAGGCUUGAGUCCUGACAAUCCAUUUCUAGAUCCCUGCCUGCCUGUGGGACUGACAGACGUGGUGGAGAGAAACAGCCAGGUCCUGCAUAUCCGAGGAAAGGGCGACUGGGCGACUUGCGGGGGAAUGCUGAGCCCUCUGCUGGCUCGCUCCAACACCAGCCAGGCCUCCCUGAACGGCAUUUACCAGUCGCCCAUUGACUUUAACAACAGCGAGUUCUAUGGCUUCUCGGAGUUCUUUUACUGUACAGAGGAUGUGCUGCGCAUAGGUGGCCGCUACCACGGGCCAACCUUUGCCAAGGCUGCUCAGGAUUACUGUGGCAUGGCUUGGUCAGUGCUAACUCAGCGAUUCAAGAAUGGCCUCUUUUCUUCACAUGCAGAUGAGCAUCGACUCAAGUAUCAGUGUUUCAAGUCUGCUUGGAUGUACCAAGUCCUGCAUGAAGGAUUCCACUUUCCCUAUGACUACCCGAACCUGCGGACGGCCCAGCUGGUGUAUGACCGAGAGGUUCAGUGGACACUGGGAGCCAUUCUCUAUAAAACACGAUUUUUACCACUCAGGGAUCUUCGACAGGAAGGUGUCCGACAAGUCCAUGGUAACUGGUUCCGUCUGUCCUUUGUCUACAACCAUUAUCUAUUUUUUGCCUGUAUCCUGGUGGUGCUGCUGGCCAUCAUCCUGUACGUCCUGCGACUCCGCCGAAUUCACCACCGACAGACUCGAGCCUCAGCUUCCCUGGACUUGCUGUGGAUUGAAGAGGUGGUGCCAAUGAUUGGGGUCCAGGUGGGGCCAUGAGGCUGGACAAGAACUGGAGAAACUAAAGUAUCCCAGAAUUGCUGCUCAUUGAAUUCUUCCACCCUUUUUUUUAAAUACUGGCCUCAGAUGUUGCACUGGCCUUGCAAUUUUUCCUUUAAUUAAUCUCCAUGUUAAUUCCUUCUUAGUGCCCAGGUCCUCUUCUCAGAUAGAAGCUAUAGUCUUUUAUUUAUAAGUGAUGAGAGAUUGGUGCUAACAAAGGUGACCAAGAUUAGUACAACUGAAGCAUGCGUCUGUAUCUCAGAGAUCUGAUGUAUUCCUGGGAUCUAGCAAUUUCCUCCUUGCUAAAGCAUCAGGUUUGGCAUUGGGCAUAGUGGAAGCCUGGUUGAAACCAAAUUUGAAGCUUCUGAUCUAAAGCCAGACAUUCUAGCAAGUGUAGCAGCCCCUUUUUUCUCUGUAACAGAGAUAACAUUUUGUGGACAUCCACAGCCUUUAAUAGGAUUCAAGAUCUUUGUAGUUCAAUGGACCAGCGAGGAAUUUCCAAGCAACCAAAAUGACACAGCUUCCUUGCUUACUUGACAAAGAAGCCAUAGGAGUUAAAAGGUUAGAUAGAACCUUUUCUAAAUGGAUGGUACAUUAAAAUCUUAGAAUAUUUUAUCUGAUGCCUGGUCUGACUAGGAUAGGAAAUACUUCCCUGCUAGAUGCCUCAAAGGCUGUUUAGGCAUUAAUUUUACUUUUUUAGCCUUAAAUAUGCUUGUAGGGUAAAGAAACUGUGAUGGGGAUUGGGUACCUACCUGGAUUUGUCUGGUUAUCGGUCCCUGUCCCAUAGGCAUAUUUUUGUGUACAGAUUCAAAGAGUUCCUAUGUUUCAUUGCUAAGAUCAAUAUGUAGUUUGGGAAAAGAUGUGUUUAGGUUGUUUAUAAAGAUAGGAAGAAAGUAUCAGGAGAAUGGACAAAGGGAUAAAAUAAAGUUUUCGGUUUUGCAAAAAAUUUUUCUUAAUUUCUGAUUGUUAGAAUGUCUGAAAGUUAGCAAAUGCUAAAUUUUGGAAUAGCAAAGUUUAGCAUUUAACAAAUUUCUUAAGAGGCCACCUGGCAACUUUCAGAACAUCUAUUAAAAGAUUACUCAGUCACAGAUAGGACUUCCAUUAGUGAGGAGAGGAAAAGCCAUAAAAAUUAAUUUUCAUCCAUUAUCUUCAGGAGCUUUGCUUCUCCUCUGCAUUUAGCUUUCCUGUUGUAUGAGGAGUUUUUUCAUCAGCUCUGGCCUGCCCCACGGAGCCAUCUUUCUACGUUGGCUUCUCCCACAUGAAAGUGCAGCCACAGCCAUGACUGCCCUUCCCAGGAAUGUAUUUCCCAGAGUAAGCAGCUUUCCAUGGGCGCAUGCAUGUGUGCUCGUGUGUGUGUAGUGGUGGGGAUCAAGCCCACAGGCUUGCACAUUUGAGGCAAGCGCUCUGCCACUGAGCUAUAUCUUCAGCGCCUCUGAUUUCUACGAUUUGAUAAACAGAGAAAGAGGUCUGUUUCAAAGAAUAAAAGUGGACCUCUUCAAAAAUCAAUGUCACAGUGACAUCAAAAAGGAUUUAAUUCCUUCAUAAAACAGUGAAAAAGAAAUUAAGAUCUUCCUAGAAAUAAGCUGAGACAAAAAUAAAUAUACUGACUAAAUUAGGAGGCAGGAUGCUAAGUCUUGAAUUGCUUUCAAAUUAGAUAAAACGUAUUUCACCUUGCAUUGGGGUUUAUGUCACAGCAGUUUCCUUUAACACUUCAACUGCCUUCUUAUUUUUGUUCAGUGAUCCUUCAUCUUGUCAGUGCUGCUUAAAAAUGUCAAAAUGCGUUUUUCCUAGCCAUGCCUACUCAGGUAACAUAUCUUCACUUCACUUUGCUUUCCAAAACUAUUUUCACUUCCUUAGGAGAACUAGUCAGUGAUCUAGUCAAAAGCUGUGUGAUUGACUUAACAGUGAUCUUAGUUGUGUGCCUGAGCUGAAGUUGAAGCAGGGAGGUAAUGACUAGUCUGAUUUAAUGGUCUUAUUAGUAAAGGUAUCUUUUGUUCUGUAAUAAUGCUUGUCAUUUGUUAAGCAAUUAUGUUACCAGAUACUCUUUUAAGAAUUUUAUGUAUGUUGAUCAUUGCAAUAACCGUGCAGACUGAUAUUACUAUGUUCUUUUUAUCAUUGAGAAUCUCAGGAUACUUAUGUUUAUCAUUUUUUUCAAUAUAAAUAUAUUUCUGAUUCUUA